CUGCUAAAAAUCCUGAUUCUUCCUCUGCAGUGGCAGUGCAGUACAAGGAAAGUUUGACUAUGCUGCAAUGCACACAUCUCUCACUGCUACCAGCCUGAAAUGCACACUUGCACCUAUACUCCCAGGCAUGUUUAAUGGGCUUGAUGAUGAGGCUAGCUAGGGAUCAGCUGAAUCAGUAGCUGCUGCAGUCAGACAGAUGGAGCUUAGGCAGGCAGAGAGAGGAUGCUCAGGAAGAAAGAGGAGGGAGUGGAAGUAAUGGGCUGGGUGAGGAAUCCAAGACACCUGUAUGAUGUUACCUUUUAAAUAAUAUAGGACCUUGCAAGCUUAGGUAGAGGAAACUGGAGACAAGUCAGCAGAGCUUAUUGCAAAACCUACCUGGUGGGGUGCACAGCCGGUGCCCUGUUCAUUGCUUGGAUCACUGACCUCUGAAAGAAACACACAUAGAUACUGAGAUAAACCUUGGAAACUGGUUAAGAAGCAAUUAAACACAGAAGAUAAUAAUAAAAAAACUAGACAUGGAAAAACAGAGAAUUUUCUUCUGCAAAGCAUAAGACAAAAAGGGAACUGUACCACUUGGCCAACAGAAGAAAAAAAAAGGAUUGCACUCAUGUGCAGUGACCUGAGAGCAAGGCAGAGUUAACGUGUCAGUUGGGGAUACAGUCAUCUUGUGGAACACGGGAAGAAUGGUGCAUAUUCCAGACGAUGCAGACUUUAACACUUUCCGGGAGCAAUGUGAGAUUAACGACGGCUGGCAGUGCCAAUACAACAAGGGGGGAGUGACGGUGUGGAGCCAGGAGCAAGACAGUAUCAAGACUGUGAAGAAACUCAAGAUGCGUAUUGUUUGCAAGGAUGUCCCUGCUGAGGUUCUCUAUGAUGUCCUGCAUGACACCAGCUACCGUAGGAAAUGGGACACAAACAUGAUAGACACCUUUGACAUUGGGCGGCUUACAGUUAAUACAGAUGUUGGAUACUACUCAUGGAAGUGUCCAAGUCCUUUAAAGAACAGAGACUUUGUAACCUUACGAUCGUGGUUACCCCUUGGCAAUGACUACAUGAUAAUCAAUUAUUCAGUAAAGCAUCCGAAACAUCCUCCUCGCAAGGACUUUGUGAGAGCAGUUUCCUUGCAGACUGGAUAUCUCGUUCAAGCCAAUGGGGAAAACAGCUGCGUACUCUAUUACCUCACACAAGUCGACCCCAAAGGGUCAUUACCAAAGUGGGUAGUAAAUAAAGUAUCUCAGUUUGUGGCUCCAAAGGCAAUGAAAAAGAUCUAUAAAGCUGGUGUUAAGUAUCCUGAAUGGAAGAGAAAACAUGACCCACUUUUUAAGCCAUGGGUGUAUCCAGAGCAGAACACCCUUCCAACCGUGAAUUUGGAAGACCUGGCAAUCCAGAGGGCUGAUGAGCUGGAAAACAUAGAUGAAAGUGGAGUAUCUGAAGAAAGAUCACACAUUAGUGAUGAUGAAGAUGGGCUUUCAAAGGAUUCUUAAAUAGAUGUUUUUAAUCUUUCAUAUAAUUUCUUCUGUCAAUCUACAAAAUUUUGAUUCACAACCAGUUUGCUCGGUUAACCCUCACUCCAUUCCUUUCUACCAUUUUCUGAUCUUUUUUAAACUUUGUACAACUCAGGAACAAGUUGAGGUGUAUUUGAAAAAGUCCUAUUGAAAGGAAAUCUCUUAAUGGACACCAACCACAUAAUUGUUUCCUAUACAUUUCCUAAUGUAUUUGUUUUUCAAAACUGACUGCUCACACACAUAGAAAUAGACGUGGACAGACUAUGAGCAAACAUUUAGGAAAAACUUCUGUAAGGGUUGUUGCAGCAAAUUCCUGAAAACUGGACCUUUUUAUUUCCAAAUGAUUUGCUAUAUAUUUAUAUCGGUCAACUGUGUGUGCAGCUGCCCUCAUAAGCAUCAUGUUAUUGAACAGCAGUUCUGGGAAGAAAGAUCAAUGUACCCAUGAUAAAGAACACACAUAUACACAUCAAGAAAGUCCAAAGUGUACACUUUUUGGGUCACUGAGUCAAAGUGAGCAAGAUAGCCUGGCAAUUUAGAAAGUUUAAUUUAAGAGUAUGUAAAUACUUUUAUUUUCAACAGCCUGUCCCCAAGGUUACUUUAAAAGGACACCUGCCAAUAGAGGUAUCCCUAGGCUGCCUUUGUUGGCCAACCCCAAAAUAUGCUAGUUUAGUUGGCAAGUUGUUGACCUGAAACAAAUGCCUUAAGCAUGUGUACGGCCUAGCGGACAGGUUUCCAGCGGACAAAAGUUUCUUAGCAAGCUAAGAAACUUGUCCGCUGGAAACAUGUCCGUCGGACAUGUCCGAUGGUUAGUACACCUAAUCGGACAUGUCCGCUGGUUAUGACGUGUAAUGACGUCCCGGUUAUGACGUGUAAUGACGUGUAAUCAGCGUCCCGAAAUCCCGCGCAUGUGUCGAAUUGAUUCGACGCAUGCGUGGAAGCAUUGCACUUCCGUGUUUGAG